AUGAAAAAAACCGGAAGACUCACCUCAGGCAAGCUAAAUCUGAAAGAAAUGAUAGACCUCCUUGACAGUGACGGCUUACUUACCGAUCUUCAGCAGGUAAUCUCAAAAAUCCAUACCAAAGUUUCGCCUCUAAAGGGAAACAAAAAAGAAGCAUUCAUGAACCUUCUGGAUCUCCUUGUUACUAAAGAAUGGAGGUCUACCACAGCAGCUUCAACCGAAGCUGACGAAGGAGUGGUCCAAACUCCCAUUUUUUCAGCUAAACAGUCUCCAGUAAAUUCGAGACCAGCAACGCCGUCAAAUUCAGGCAUGAGCUUAUUAUAGUCCUUUCUAUUGUAUUUUUGGAAUUUUAUUAUUAUCAAAUAAAUAUUUAUUCGAAAAUACUUUAUUAAAUGAAAUUAAAUAAGGAUAAACUUAAAGCAUAAAAGAAAUGCCUCAAUCAGUGAACUUACAGAGACUUACGUCAAUAAACAUAAACUUUUUGAAGAAGGCCAAAAAGAAGAGCUUGAUUACUUGGUGACUUUUAUUUAGAGCGAAUUUUCUCAUGCAAAUAUUGCAGUGUCUUUUCCAAAAGCAAAAAGGGACUUAGGGGAAGUUAAAGAUGUAAACCCUGGGCCUGGGUCUUAUAACCCAAAAACAAUUCUUGUGGAAGAAACUACACCGUCAUCAGUGAUACCAAAAGGAGGGAAGCGUUUUGAAUUCAAGGUCCCAGAAACUCCUGGCCCGUGCUAUUACAAGCCGAAACGCUAUCUUAUCUCAAAAUAA